AUGAAUUUUUUAUAUUUUUUAAUUAUAUCAAUUUUGCUAACAAUUGUCAAUGCUGAAACUCAUACUUGGUAUUUUACAACUGGUUGGGUUGAUGCCAAUCCAGAUGGUGUUUAUCCUAGAAAAAUGAUUGGAUGGAAUGAUACUUGGCCAUUACCUAUAUUAAGAGUUAAAAAAGGAGAUAGAGUUAAUUUAUAUUUAACAAAUGGUUUUGAUGAUUUGAAUACAACUUUACAUUUUCAUGGUAUGUUUCAACAUGGAUCUUCACAAAUGGAUGGUCCAGAAAUGGUUACACAAUGUCCAAUCCCACCUGGUGAAACUUUUUUGUAUAAUUUUACUGUUGAUGAUCAAGUUGGUGCUUACUGGUAUCAUUCACAUACUUCAGGUCAAUAUGGUGAUGGUAUGAGAGGGGCAUUUAUUAUUGAUGAUGAUGAUAAUCCUUAUAAAGAUGAAUAUGAUGAAGAAAUUGUUUUGACAUUGACUGAUCAUUAUCAUGACAAAAGUGUAGAUUUAAUGCCUGGUUUUUUGAAUAGAUAUAAUCCCACAGGUGCUGAACCUGAACCAGAUAAUUUAUUAUUUAAUGAAACAAUGAAUGCAACUUGGAAAGUUGAGCCAAAUAAAACAUAUUUAUUAAGGAUUAUUAAUGUGGGUAGAUUUGUUUCUCAAUAUAUUUGGUUUGAAGAUCAUAAUAUGACAGUAGUUGAAGUAGACGGAGUUUAUACAGAAAAGAAUGAAACAGAUAUGCUUUAUGUUACUAUUGCUCAAAGAUAUACUGUUUUAUUAACUACAAAAGAUACAACUGAGAAAAAUUUUGCUAUUCAAACAGUUGUUGAUGUUUCAAUGUUAGAUGUUCCAAAAUGGUUAAACACAACAAAUAAUUUACAAUAUAAUGAACUGGCUCCAUUUCCUGAACAACAAACUAAAGAAUCAUUAGAUGAAUUUUUAGAUGACUUUUAUUUAGUUCCAUUAUCUAAAGAGAAAUUAUUUGAUGAUCCGGAUUAUACAAUUACCGUUGAUGUUCAAAUGGAUAACUUAGCAAAUGGUAUUAAUUAUGCAUUUUUCAAUAAUAUUAGUUAUACAACUCCAAAAGUUCCACCAUUAUUAACUGUUUUAUCAUCAGGUGACAUGGCAACAAAUGAAUUGAUAUAUGGUACAAAUACAAAUGCUUUUGUAUUACAAGGAGGAGAAACUGUUGAUAUUGUAUUAAACAACCUUGAUACAGGAACUCAUCCAUUUCACCUACAUGGACAUGUUUUUCAAGUUAUUGAAAGAUAUAAGGCUAUAGAUGAUGAUGAAAGUCCAGUUGCAUUUAAUGCAAGUGAUCAUGAGGAAUGGCCAGAAUAUCCAAUGCAAAGAGAUACAGUUUAUGUUCGACCACAAUCAUAUUUUGUAGUAAGAUAUAAAGCAAAUAAUCCUGGUGUUUGGUUUUUCCAUUGUCAUAUUGAAUGGCAUUUAGACCAAGGUUUAGCUAUAGUUUUAAUCGAAGAUCCAAUGGGUAUUCAAAAUAAUGAAACUCAACAAUUGACUGAAAAUCAUAAACAAAUUUGUGAAAAAGUAGGUGUUCCAUGGCAAGGAAAUGCAGCAGGUAAUUCAACUGAUUUUUUGAAUUUAUAUGGUCAAAAUGUUCAAGAAAAGAGAUUACCAACAGGUUUUACAGCUAGAGGUAUUAUCGCAUUAGUAUUUUCAUGUGUUUCGGCAAUUUUAGGUUUAGCUACAAUUGCAUAUUAUGGUAUGAAUGAUAUAGCCAAUGUUGAAGAAAGAGUUGCAAAAGAUUUAUUUGUUGAUUUAGGAGAAGAAGACGAAGAAAAUGAAGUCGAACAAGUGCAAAUAGGAAGUUCUUCGACUGCUUCUUCAACAGCAAAACGUUAA